UUUCACUUUUUGCAUCUUUUUGUACCUCCAUUUGGGUCUCUACUGCUCCUAAUAACACUCCAAGCGCGAAAAAAAAACAUCCAUUCGUUUUCUGUGAGACAGUUGAACGAUUUUGGUGUCAGGAAUCAUAGGCUCCUUUGAGCCAUUUGAAUUGCUCCCUUAUACUGACGUAAGAAUAAGGAAAUUUUCAUAGAACCACCCUGGCGCCACACCUCACCUCUCAAGCCCCACCCACUCGAUUAGUUGAAGAUCCGCCAUUUUAAGUUUGCUGGUUUAACGAGCGAUGGCUACAAGCAAGUCACACAUGAAGUGUUGUGUUGUUGGCUGCACAGCACAACACAAAUCUUUACACUUUCUCCCAGCCAAAGAGAACCGAAGAACCGAGUGGCUUCUUUUCAUUUUCGAUGGCCAUGUUCCCGCAACAGUCGGCAAAAAUCUUGUCGUGUGUGCAAACCACUUUAAGACAGACUGCUUUGAAAACCUGGGACAGUACACUGCGGGAUUUGCGAUCAAACUUCGUCUAAAGGAGGGAUCUGUACCUACUGUCCGUGGCAAGUCGCAAGACGAGACGCAUGCUAGCACGUCACUACAGUUUCCGGCAACAAGAGAAGUUGGUUGUCAAACAGAUCACCCAGAGAUUCUGAAACGUACUGUUGGUACACAGCUAUCUCUGCGGACUCUUCAGCCUCACUUCAGAAGUGAAGGUAUCCAGGCUACUGUGUCAAGCAAAGACUGUAGUGUUGACACGUCCACUGUUCCCCUCACUGCCCCGCCGCCUUUUUUAACGUCAACACCUAUAAAGGGACCUUGUCUGAAGGAGGUGGAGAAGGAGGGAGAACUAGAUCUUGAGGGCAGCACUUCAGUAGUGGCUUCUCAAGGGCUGGAUGCCACUUAUGAUCCGGCUGACUCUGUCACCGCUUUGACUGUGUCAACAGACAUUUCAGAUAUGGCAUCUACUCCAAUCCAUGAAGUGAGAAAAUAUAUAGUUUAUGAGACCUGCAUCAUGGAGCUGUUCAAGGUGUGUCCUGUGUGCAAGCAUCCAUGCACCAUUCAAACGAGACAGCUCGGGACAUUCAUCUCCGUGGUGCAGCAGUGCCCCCAUUGUGAGUACCGCCGAACUUGGGACAGCCAACCCCUACUCAACAACACUACUCCAGCCGGCAAUGUUCAGCUCUCUGUGGCAGUCUAUGUGAGUGGAGCCUCAUUUUUCAAAAUUCAAAGGGUCUUUAGGGCUAUGCACCUACAAGUGUUCCUUUACGACACCUUUCGUCGGCAUGCGCGCACCUAUAUUGAACCGGCCAUUGUCACCAAAUGGAAGGGCUUUCAGGAUGACAUGCUGCUCCGCCUUAGUAGGGAAAAUGCCAUAAUUGGUGGGGACAUGAGGGCUGACUCUCCAGGGCACUCCGCGAAAUUUGGUAGCUACACGGUGAUGGACCUGAAAACCAACACUGUGAUUGAUGUUCAGUUGGUCCAGAGCAACGAGGUAGGCGGUAGCUACCACAUGGAGAUGGAGGGCCUGAAGAGAAGCCUUGCAUUGUUGAAGGAGCGCAAGGUGACCCUUGACUGUAUAGUGACAGACCGACACCUGCAGAUCCAAAAGUUCCUGAGGGAAGCUGGCAUCAACCAGUACUAUGACGUCUGGCACGUGGAAAAAGGAAUUUCAAAACGGCUGGAGAAGAUCAGCAAAAGAAAAGACUGCCAGAAGCUGAAAAAGUGGAUGCGGGCCAUAAGGAAUCACAUAUACUGGACUGCGGCAACAUCUGCGUCAGGACCAGAGAGGGUGGCAAAAUUUACCUCCAUCCUUAACCAUGUCCGUGACGUCCACAUCCACGAGGACUCCAAUUUCCCAGCCUGUCUGCAUCCAGUUCGCAAAACCCGCGACAAGAGCAAAUGGCUGACAGCAGGAACUCCAGCGUUCUACCAGCUGGAAAAGGUGCUGAGUGGCAAAAGAGUCCUCAAGGACAUUGCUAAACUUAGCCCCCACCACCAGACUUCAUCAUUAGAAUCAUUUCACAGUGUGAUCUUGCAAUUUGCUCCAAAAAAUGUGGUGUUUCCUUUCCUUGGGAUGCUUUGCAGACUCUACCUGGCUGCUCUGCAUUACAAUGAGAAUGCGGCACGAGACCAGGCCACCUCAUCCUCUGGGGAACCUCUCUACAGGAUGCAUUUCCCAAAGUACAGGAAGGGAGAGUGCAGGGUAAAACCCAUCAAAACAGAGACACAAUUCCGGUAUGUGGAAGACUUGAUGGGCUUCAUCAUGGGCGAGGUCUUUGUGGACCCUGAAGCAUACAGGGAGGAACUCUUGAAAAUUAGCAUUCCUCCGGACCUGUCCUCAGAGUUUGAACACCCAGAGAAGGAGGAGGUGAUCGCCAACUACGUGUCUCGCUUCAAUCCAGGGGACGCAGUUUGAAGCCCACGUAUUGUCCUUGGCUGUCAGGAAACCUGUAACGACUAAAAAAAAAAACAUCGCAUUAGUUAGCAGGCUACUUAAUCUGUCAGUUCUGUCAAAAGUGCAAUUGUCAUAUUUCAAGGAAAUAUGAUGUUUUAUUUCUGUUUUGUGUAAUAAAUAUAUUUUUAAUGUC